AUGGACCAGCAACAGUUCGUUGGGCUCCUCCAGAGCCUCAUGCAGCCCGACACGGAUCGUGUCAAGGCCGCGACCGCGACGCUGAACAAGGACUACUACAAGUCCCCUGAGGCGCUCACCACUCUCCUCCAGAUCCUCGUCUCCCAUGAGGAUCAGGCUCUGCGCCAGCUUGCCGCCGUUGAGGCGAGGAAGCUGGUCGGCAAGCACUGGGCCAGCCUCCCUGAUCAGCAGAAGCCCGAGAUCCGCAACCAACUGCUUCAGUCGACCAUGAACCAGGAGGUCACCCUCGUCCGCCACUCCUCUGCCCGCGUUGUCGCUGCGAUCGCCAAGAACGACUUGGAAGACGGACAGUGGGCCGACCUGCCGCAGACUCUGCACCAGGCUGCCGGCAGCGAUGUCGCGAGGCACCGUGAGGUCGCAGUCUUCAUGAUCUACACCCUCAUCGAGACCAUGGGCGACUUGUUCUCCGAGAACUUCGCAGAGCUGUUCAACCUCCUCGGCAAGACCAUCAACGACCCCGCCAGCCUUGAGGUCCGUGUCAACACCAUGAUGGCUCUGAGCCGUGUGGCCAUGCUGCUCGACCCUGAGGAGGACGAGCACUCGCUUGAGCUCUUCAACAGCAUCCUCCCCAGCAUGGUCAAGGUCCUCGAGGACAGCAUCGCGUCUGGUGAUGAGGACAAGUCCAUGCAGGCUUUCGAGGUCUUCCAGACCCUGCUUGGUUGCGAGUCGGCUCUGCUGAACAAGCACUUUGAGGAUCUCGUCAACUUCAUGAACAACAUUGCUUCCAAGCCCGAGAUCGAUGACGAUGCCCGUUCGCAAGCCCUCGCCUUCCUCAUGCAGUGCGUGCGUUACCGCAAGCUCAAGGUCCAGGCGAAGAAGCUUGGCGAGAAGCUCACCAUCAGCGCGCUCCACAUCGUCACCGAGCUGGGUGACCUGUCGAGCGAGGACGAGGAGGUCACUCCGGCCCGCUCCGCCCUUGGCCUGCUCGAUAUUCUUUCCCAGAGCCUUCCUCCCAACCAGGUCAUUGUUCCUCUACUCCACGCCAUGGGCAGCUACGUCAACAGCGAGAACCCUGACUACAGGCGUGCCGGUAUCCUUGCCCUUGGCAUGUGUGUUGAGGGUGCCCCUGACUUCAUUGCUACCCAGCUUGGUGAGAUCCUGCCCCUGGCUCUUCGUCUUCUCGAGGACCCUGAGGUCAAGGUCCGCGCUGCGGCCCUGAAUGGUGUGGCCAGGCUCGCCGAUGACUUGGCCGAGGAGAUGGCCAAGGAGCAUGGCAGGCUCAUUCCUGCCCUCGUCAAGAACCUCGAUAUGGCUGUCGAGGCUUCCCAGGGUCCUCAGGCUGAGCGCGCGCUGGAGAUCCUCCGUGGCAGCUGCAACGCCAUUGACUCGCUGAUCGAGGGCCUGGACGAGGAGGAUGCCGCCAAGUACGUUGGCGAGCUCGUCCCCAGGUUCAACAACCUGUUCAACUCCAACGACUUCAAGACCAAGAUCGCCUCUGUCGGCGCUGUUGGCUCUGUCGCUGCUGCCUCGGGUGGAGCCUUCCUGCCCUUCUUCCAGGCCACUAUGCAGGCUCUUGGUCCCUUCGUCCAGCUCAAGGAGAGCCAGGAUGACCUUGAUCUGCGUGGUGUUGUCUGCGACUCCAUGGGCAAGAUUGCUGGUGCGGUCGGCCCUGCUCCGUUCAGGGACUACGUCCAGGAUCUUAUGCGGGCGUCUGAGGAGGCGCUCAACCUUGACCACCCCCGCCUUCGCGAGACCAGCUACAUUCUGUGGAGCACCAUGGCCAAGGUUUACGAGGAGGAUUUCGAAUCCUUCCUUCCUGGUGUUGUUGAGGGUCUUCUCAAGUGCCUGUCGCAGGAUGAGACUGACCUUGAGGUUGCUCUUGGUGAGGAGGCCAAGGAUCUGAUUGGCCAGGAGGUCACUGUUGCUGGCAAGAAGAUCAAGGUCGCCGACGCCACCGACGAUGACGAUGACGACGGCAUCAUUGACCUGGACGACGAGGAUGAUGACGAUGACUGGGAUGACCUCAAUGCUGUCACCGCCGUCGCCAUGGAGAAGGAGAUCGCUGUCGAGGUUAUUGGCGAUGUCAUUUCCUCGACUCGUCACCGCUAUGUGCCGUACCUGGCUAAGACCAUCGACACUGUCUUGAAGAUGGUCCACCACGCUUACGAGGGCGUCCGCAAGUCUGCCAUUGGCACUCUCUGGCGCUCGUACGCCACCCUCUGGGGCAUGGCUGAGGGCGAGGGCAUGGCCAAGUGGAAGCCUGGCCUUCCCCUCCAGAUUCAGCCUUCUGACGAUCUCGCUAAGCUUGCUCAGGAGGCUAUGAACGCCACUCUCGAGAUCCUCGAGGAUGAGAUGGACCGUGGCACCGUCACCGAUAUCUGCCGUGACCUUGGCGCAACGCUCAAGCUCACUGGCCCGGCCAUCUUGGUCAACCAGAACGGCACGGUCAUUCCGCAGCUCACCAACCACCUCAUCGCUAUCCUCACCAAGCGCCACCCCUGCCAGCAGGACCUCGGUGACGAGCUCGAUGAGGCUCUUGAUGAGUCGUCGGAGUACGACUGGCUCGUCAUUGAGGUUGCUCUUGACUGCGUGACCUGCCUGUCGGCUGCCCUUGGUGAGAGCUUCGCCGAGCUCUGGAAGAUCUUCGAGAAGCCGAUCAUGAAGUACGCCAGCGGCCAGGAGUCUGUCGAGCGCAGCAACUCGGUUGGAUCCAUGGCGGACUGCAUUGGCAACAUGGGCGCUGCCGUUACCCCUUUCACGACUACCCUCAUGAAGCUGUUGGUCCACCGUCUGUCGGACGAGGAUCCGGAGACCAGGUCCAACGCCGCUUACGCUGUCGGUAUGCUUUGCGAGAAGUCGAACGAUGUUCAGGAGAUUCUCAAGAACUUCCCGACCAUCUUCACCAAGCUCGAGCCGAUGCUGCACGAGCAGCAGCAGGCUCGCAUGCUUGACAACGCUGCUGGCUGCAUUAGCCGCAUGAUCAUGAGGCACCCGGAGCACGUCCCUCUCCAGCAGGUCCUUCCUCGCCUGGUUGAGCUCCUUCCUCUCCGCGAGGACUUUGACGAGAACCAGCCUGUGUACACCAUGCUGAUGAAGCUUUACGGCGUUCAGGAGCCCCAGAUCCAGCAGCUCAUGCAGCAGCUGACUCCCCAGCUGAUGCAGGUCUUCGAGAAGGUGCUUGGCCCGCCUGAGGACCAGCUCGAGGAUGAGACCAAGCAGCACCUGAUCAGCCUUGUUCAGCGCCUGCGCGGUUAA